UUUCUUAAAGCUGCCAAUUCAGUAUGCUUAUAUUGUGCUGCAGACUGAUGUGUCUCAGCCUUACCUUAAACCAUAAUGCUCCUUUCAUAGGCAGCCAUCCCAAGGUGUCAGCCCAGCUGGCUGGACACACAGAGUUGUUCUGGUAAUAUUUGAUGAAGGAGAUCUGGCCACCAUCCUAGUGACCUGCACAUUUGCCCCUCCCACAGCCCACACAGGGGCACCUUUUUGGUUAUAUCUGGGACAAAAUCUUUACAUCACCUAGAGACAAGAACCGGCUAGAUGACAGGGUCUAACAGCCUCUUAGGGACCGGGUAUGUCUACACUGCAGUUAAACACUCUGGGCUGAUUCUUGCCAACUGCCUCAGACUCGCAGGGCUCCAGCUAAAAGGCUGCUUAAAGCAUGGUGUAGACAUUCAGGCUGCCCGAGUUUUCGGACCCUACCACUUUCUCUAGGCCAACCAUCUACACUGCAAUUAAACAGACCCUUAUCUCAAACCCCCUGAACCCAAGUCGGUUUGCACCAGCCAGCCACAGGUUUUUAAUUGCAGCAUAGAUGUAUCUUUUGGGGUUAAAUCUCCUCCCUGCAUCCUAGUUAUUUUGGCUUUUGGGGAAAUAGAAAAAAUCUGAUUAAUAUGUCAAAGUUCCUUUCAGUUGCUGCCUGCUGUAUGUUUGUUAUGCAAUAACCAGUUUACAGCAUCUGCUCAAUAUUAGAAGCAGGGAAAGGGGAGAGACCUGCUUUCUCAUCACAGUCUGGAUGCUGGAGCCUUGCAAGGAACAAGAGCAGGUCUGAUGGGCCUAGCUGGCAAAGCCUAGAAGCAUCUUCCAGUGUAAUCCCACCUGUGCUCCAUGUCCCUUCAUUCUUAGCCACUCCAGGAUGAAUUGCUGGCCCUGCAUCCACAUAUAAACCUUUCUGAGCCCCACUGCAGAGUGAAGGCCUCUUGCACACACACAGACUAACUCCACAUCCCUCUUCUUUUACUGUGACCUUGUCCACUAUGGGACUGAGUUUACCCAUCUGUAUGUUAUGGCUUUGCCUACACUAAAGGGACUUACCAGGCCAAGAUCUGUGUGGCCCCCUUACAUGCUUGUAAAACCUGUUGCGCCCACAUCACAUAAGUGCUCUCAAUGGCUUACCUGUGAGCCAAAUGCAUUUGGAUUAGACUAGUGUGUACACGCACAUGAUGCGCAAGCCCAGUAUAAUGGGGCCCGUGAUGAGGGCCUCUAACUGUUUAUCCAAUAGAAAUGACUUGCUUUAAGCAGGGCACAAUAUUGGAUUUACCCUGAAUCAUUUCAGCAUGUAUUGGUUUGAUAGCAGUGUGGAAAGCACCAGAGCAGACCACAUAGUCCUCUCCCUACUGGCCCACAGUCCACUGGUGACCUUUUGAGAUCUCCUAGAAUCCACUGCUGCUGGCAGCUGAGCUGGAAACUGUGGGAUAGGUACCCAGAAGACAUUGCAGGGGAAGUGGCUGAGAAUAGCACCGGUGUGGAUUCAGUGCUGAAUGGACAUGUUGAAGUGUUUGUGUCUAGACCAGCAUCAUCCCACCAGCUCAGUUCUCUAGUGGAGACAUGAUCUAUAGGUACAAACCAGUAACACUUCCCUACCUUGCAAAUAGCUUGUGAGGCUAGAAUCGUGUUUGUCAUGUCAUGCUCUCUGAGAUCUUCACAUGAAAGUGCUGCACAAGAGGGCAAAGUAGCCAUGUGAUUAAAGAUGCUGACCUUUAAAGCUAGUUAUCCUGUAGGAGGUCACCCUAUCAGUCAGAGAGUGAUACAGGAGAACACAAGUCCCCAGGCCAAAGGAAGGGGGAGGAGGAGAGGUGCUGUUGCUGGGUGGAGUCAGCCUUCCAGCCUUAGCAAAAUACCUUUAUCUUGGGAAGAUAAAACAGAAGGGUGGUGGCAGAGUCUGCUUCUGGCAGACACGUGUAGCCCAACUCUACCACAGUGGGACGCCUAGCCUCUCCUGCAGCAGCAUGGCUUGGAACUGUAACUGCUCCCUGCAGGUCUGGCCAGAAAAGGCUUGAUGGGACCUAUGCUGCUUCAGCUGGCAUUCUGUUAACGGGAUUAGGCAGUAAUGGGGCAACCCUUCAGUGGGAGAGGAAGAGAGCAAGAGCAGGCCCCUGACUGCCACCUCUUAUGAGACUCGUUAUGGACCCUGCUGUCAUGGCUUCAUCUCCAGCUCCCUUACAGUGAAUUCUGUGAUGCAGUUUGGUUUGUCCCCAGGGGUAGCCAUCCCUUAGGACACUUCUCUGCCCAGUUCCCAGAUGUUCUGGGUAGGAUCUCUCCCACUUCUGAGGGAUUAUUGAUGGAUAGGCACCUCCCACUCCCUUACUUAAAUACAGAAAAAGGUGUAUGUUACCACUGUUUGUGUCGAGGGGAAAGACAUGGAACGACAGGACAUGAGGGAAUGGGGUGCCAAUUUACUAAUAAUUCCUCACAGGUGUAGGGGGGAUACAUACACACUCCUUUCCUUGUGUGUCUCUUCCCCCUCCACCAGUCCUUUGCUGUUUCAUUCCUCCAUAUCAUUUUUCCACCCCUCCCAGUGUAUUUUUUCCUCCAUGCCCUGGUGGUACCCCCUUCCUGUUCCCAUUCCCUCCCAGAUGACUGUGUGCUGCUGGGCUUGGGAAGAUGACAGCACCCAUUCGUAUCGCCGUGGGACUAGGCCUCACAUGCUGCCAGAGCUGAGCUGAACGCUGCAGAAGCAAAGAAGAGAAGUGUGGGUUGAUGGGAUGCUGCCUGCAGCUCCAUGUGUGAGCAGCUCCACAUCCCCCUCACAGAAGCCGCUGUGCGAGCAGAGAGAAGUCAUUGACAAGUUUGAUUACGUCUUUGCGGAGAAUGGCACCGUGCAGUACAAGAAUGGGCAGCUGGUCGCCAAACAGGCUAUCCAGAAUCACCUGGGGGAGGAGCUUUUGCAGGAGCUGAUCAACUUCUGUCUCAACUACAUGGCCCUCCUGAAGCUGCCCAAGAAACGCGGGACCUUCAUAGAAUUCCGCAACGGAAUGCUGAACAUCUCUCCCAUUGGCCGAAGCUGCACCCUGGAGGAGCGACUAGAAUUCUCCGAGCUGGACAAGAAAGAGAGGAUCCGAGAGAAGUUUGUGGCAGCCCUGCAGAGGGAGUUUGCUGGCAAAGGCCUACGGUUCUCUCGAGGUGGUAUGAUCAGCUUUGAUGUCUUCCCUGAGGGCUGGGACAAGCGCUACUGCCUCGACAUCCUCAAGGACGAGCGGUUCGACACCAUCCACUUCUUUGGGAAUGAGACAACCCCAGGAGGGAAUGAUUAUGAAAUUUAUGAUGACCCCCGGACAGUAGGCCACAGCGUCCAGUCUCCCCAGGACACACUCAGGAGGUGCCAGGAGAUCUUUUUUCCUGAGAAAGCUAAUGAAUCGUGACUCUGAUACCCCUUUUUCAGCACCCUGCCUCCCAAGAUCCCACAUCAUGAAAACCACCUUCAUUUGAGGACUCUGCGCAGGGCCCUUUGAAGAAAGGCUUCCAGAGCUGGUUGUGAGGGAAAGAUUUAAACUGAGAUGGCGGAGGGGGGAUAGGGAUGGGGGGUUACUAAUCUUCCAGUACCCCCAGUUACAGGUGGGCUUUGUGGGACCAGACUCCUCCCUGCCACCAAACAGACUCUCUUCCUUUUCAGGGUGAAUUCUCAGUUCUUGGUGGGAGAUGGUUCCCUGCUCUGUUGGUCUGAGGCAUUUGUAGGGCCCAGUCACUACCGUCUCACUCUCUAAACGUAUUUGCACAAGGGAUGCACUCCUCAUCAGUUAGCACCCUUAACUAGGAAGCAGAGUCUGGGACCCCCAUAUGGGACCAAUCCUUAAAGGUGACCU